AUGUCGGAUAUCGACCAGCUGUCUACUGAAGACGAAGCUUUCCUACGGCCAUACCUCCCGGACGAUGACGCGAUCUCUAAGAAAGAACGACCAUUCGUAACCUUAACAUACGCCUGCUCCUUGGACGGCAUGAUCUCACUCUCCCCAGGCGUACGGACUACCCUCUCAGGCCCGGAGACCAAAAGCAUGACGCAUUACCUACGAGCGCACCACGAGGCUAUCUUGGUCGGAGUAGGCACAGCCAUCGCGGACGAUCCAAGUCUGAAUUGCAGAUACUCUCGCUCUUCUAGCUGUCCACCUCAAGGUCUGCGGCCGGUGGUACUUGACCCGACUAUGCGCUGGGAUGUAGCGGGAUCGAAGGCAACCGCACUGGCAUCGGAGGGCAAGGGAAAGGCGCCAUGGGUCGUUCACGCCACGAGCGUGCUGGAUCAGAAUCCAGAAGUAGCUGAGCAGGCCAAGCGCUUGUUCGUAGGCACAGAUGGCCUCUGCGACGAGCACAGUGGCGACCGAACAGCUUCAAUCUCUCGUCUAGAAUGGCGCUCCAUCCUCAAAGCGCUGUACCAGAAAGGCAUUCGCAGUAUCAUGAUUGAAGGCGGGGCUACGGUUAUCAACGAUCUACUGCUGCAGCCAGAGUUGGUCGAUUCCGUCGUUGUGACGAUUGCGCCUACCUGGCUGGGAGAAGGUGGAGUGACUGUCACUCCUGCGCAGCAAACUCGUGAUGGGGUGAGAGUCAAUGCUGCUCGGCUGAAGGAGACCAGCUGGAGGCAAUUUGGCCAGGACGCUGUCUUGUGCGGUCGGCUUGAGUGA